CCGAGAAGGCCGGGCGGGCGGAGGCUUGGAAGAGCCGCGGCUGCGAGACCCGGGCGCUAGAGCUGGGCCUAGGUCCGCGCCCUGGCAGCUGAGUCUGCGUGUGUGUCGUGGAGGAGCAGGGCCCACGGGGAGCGAUGCCACCACCGGCGGACAUUGUCAAAGUGGCCAUUGAGUGGCCGGGGGCUAAUGCCCAGCUCCUGGAGAUUGACCAGAAACGUCCCCUGGCAUCCAUCAUCAAGGAGGUCUGUGACGGGUGGUCGUUGCCAAACCCGGAGUAUUACACCCUCCGGUACGCGGAUGGUCCCCAGCUCUACAUCACCGAGCAGACUCGCAGUGACAUUAAGAACGGGACCAUCUUACAGCUGGCCGUCUCCCCGUCCCGGGCUGCCCGCCAGCUGAUGGAGAGGACCCAGUCAUCCAGCAUGGAGACCCGGCUGGACGCCAUGAAGGAGCUGGCCAAGCUCUCUGCCGACGUGACGUUUGCUACCGAGUUCAUCAACAUGGAUGGCAUCGUUGUGCUGACAAGGCUCGUGGAAAGUGGAACCAAGCUCUUGUCCCACUACAGUGAGAUGCUGGCAUUCACCCUGACUGCCUUCUUAGAGCUCAUGGACCAUGGCAUUGUCUCCUGGGACAUGGUUUCAAUCACCUUCAUUAAGCAGAUUGCGGGGUACGUGAGCCAGCCCAUGGUGGACGUGUCCAUUCUUCAGAGGUCCCUGGCCAUCCUGGAGAGCAUGGUCUUGAACAGCCAGAGUCUGUACCAGAAGAUCGCUGAGGAAGUCACCGUGGGGCAGCUCAUCGCCCACCUGCAGGUCUCCAACCAGGAGAUCCAGACCUACGCCAUUGCCCUGAUUAACGCCCUCUUCCUGAAGGCUCCCGAGGACAAGCGACAGGACAUGGCCAACGCCUUCGCACAGAAGCACCUUCGGUCCAUAAUCCUGAAUCAUGUGAUCCGCGGGAACCGCCCAAUCAAAACAGAGAUGGCCCAUCAGCUCUAUGUCCUUCAAGUCCUGACCUUUAACCUCCUGGAAGAAAGGAUGAUGACCAAGAUGGACCCCAAUGACCAGGCUCAAAGAGACAUUAUAUUUGAACUGAGGAGGAUCGCAUUUGAUGCGGACUCUGAUCCUAGCAACGUCCCUGGGAGUGGGACUGAAAAACGCAAAGCCAUGUACACCAAGGACUACAAAAUGCUCGGAUUUACUAACCACAUCAACCCAGCCCUAGACUUCACCCAGACUCCUCCGGGGAUGCUGGCCUUGGACAACAUGCUGUACUUGGCAAAAGUCCACCAGGAUACCUACAUCCGGAUUGUCUUGGAGAACAGCAGCCGAGAAGACAAACACGAGUGCCCCUUUGGCCGCAGUGCCAUCGAGCUCACGAAAAUGCUCUGUGAGAUCCUCCAGGUUGGGGAGCUCCCAAAUGAAGGGCGCAACGACUACCACCCCAUGUUCUUCACCCACGACCGAGCGUUUGAAGAGCUCUUCGGCAUCUGCAUCCAGCUACUGAACAAGACCUGGAAGGAGAUGAGGGCGACAGCGGAGGACUUCAACAAGGUCAUGCAGGUGGUCCGAGAGCAAAUCACCCGAGCUUUGCCGUCCAAGCCCAACUCCCUGGAUCAGUUCAAGAGCAAACUGCGCAGCCUGAGCUACUCAGAGAUCCUGCGACUGCGCCAGUCGGAGAGGAUGAGUCAGGAUGACUUCCAGUCCCCGCCCAUCGUGGAGCUGAGGGAGAAGAUCCAGCCCGAGAUCCUGGAGCUGAUCAAGCAGCAGCGCCUGAACCGCCUCUGUGAGGGCAGCAGCUUCCGCAAGAUUGGGAAUCGCCGGAGACAAGAGCGCUUCUGGUACUGCCGCCUGGCCCUGAACCACAAGGUCCUGCACUAUGGCGACUUGGACGACAACCCUCAGGGGGAGGUGACGUUCGAAUCCCUGCAGGAGAAAAUUCCUGUUGCAGACAUUAAGGCCAUCGUCACUGGGAAAGACUGUCCCCACAUGAAAGAGAAAAGUGCUCUGAAACAGAACAAGGAGGUGUUGGAAUUGGCCUUCUCCAUCCUGUAUGACCCUGAUGAGACCUUGAACUUCAUCGCACCUAAUAAAUACGAGUACUGCAUCUGGAUCGACGGCCUCAGUGCCCUCCUGGGAAAGGACAUGUCCAGUGAGCUGACCAAGAGCGACCUGGACACACUGCUGAGCAUGGAGAUGAAGCUGCGGCUGCUGGACCUGGAGAAUAUUCAGAUCCCCGAGGCGCCCCCGCCCGUGCCCAAGGAGCCCAGCAGCUACGACUUCGUCUAUCACUACGGCUGAGCCCGGAGCCGGGGAGCGCAGGACCCAGGCUGGGGGCCCGGGAGCCGCACUCCCAGCCUGCCGCCUUGUCUCUCGCUUGUACAGAAUCUGUAGCGAUCGUGGUGGCCGGUAAAUGCCAGCCGCUCCUCAACCCCACGCGGGCCACCCAGCACUUCCUCGUGGCCCCUGUCCACGGAGAGUCCUGAAGGCGGGGCGUUCUGCCCUCCCCGCAGCCAUGAAGCCUGGGAAUGGGCCACGAGGAACGAGCAGCAGAUGCCCUUGCCUGCCAGCCCGAGAAACCGAGUGUGCAACUGGACUUCACGACAGCGGGUCCCCCUCCCGCCGUCAGCCUGCUGCCCGGCUGGCGGGGUCCCCUGUGAGUAGGAGCUGGCCCAGGAAGGGCUGCGUGCAGGGGACAGAUGUGCUGGGCGUGCAGAGCCUGGCAGGGCCACCCGUGGGCAACUGUGCCCGUGUCUCAGCUCCAGUACAGGCCGCGGGCCUCUGCUUUGUCUUCUCCAUGAGGGCUUGCCCCAGCUCAUCCGGUGCCAAGAUGCUGCUGCCUCCUCUGAGGGCUGGCUCAAACACCUCUGGUCUCGAGCCACCAGGUCCCUCCUGCCCAAACAGGCGGAAACGCGUCCCUACACGGUCUCCUCCGGGCCGGUCAGAGCCCCCAAGGCCGAGUCCGGCCCUCUUAGCCUGCGGGACGGCUCCAGAGAAAGCCCCUCGGAGGCCUGGCCUGGACUGUGGUAAGGCCACACCGCGUCCCCAUGUUUCUCUCUUUGCCAUCCUCAGGAGAAAUCUCCCACUGACCUGAACUGUGCCCCUCCCAACUGUGCCCCCCCCCCCCCCAGUUUGCUUUCCUCUGUGCUUCUAAUCCCCAGGAGAUUUGCCAUCCCCGCCUCCCCAUGGGUUCCGCCAUCGGCCAUGACUUCAGGGAGCUGGCUGGAGCCGGCUGAGGCCACAGCUUGCCAGCGGGGCCUCCCUGGUGCUCAGCACUCGUAACCACGCGCGUAGCCUCUCCUGUCGGUGAACACGGUGGCACUCAGCAUCGGUAGCUGGCGUGGUGGGUACUGCCCAGUGAAGACUGGACUACGUGUUCUCUCUCUAGGCCAUACUUAUACAGCCGUGUAUAUAUAUUUAUACAGUAUCAGCCUGUCCUGAUGGAAUGCUGGGGUGGGGGGGAGAAAACUGAGGAACAAAAGUGCCACUUCCAGCAGUGAGCAGUGAGCAAUCCAGCUUCCUGUCGGUAACGGUGUUUUCAAUAAAUACUCUUUC